CCGACGCCCUGGCCGACGGAAUACGACCCGUUCAGGCCGACGGAAUGGCCGACGACCGCGCCGACGCUCACGUCGAAGCCGACGGCGCACGAGUACCAGGACAACCUCGUGGCCUACUACCCGAUGACGCGCGGCAAGCUGGACGACGCCCACGCGUCGGGAUUCCACGGCAAAGCCAAGAAACCCGAGUACCCUGAGAGCGACAUUAUGGUUGCCGCGGAUCUGCGGCAGACCGAGGCGCGCGACGGUCCCGAGGGCGACGCGGUGGCGCUCAACAACAGCAAGCACAUCGAGCUGCCGGACAACGUGACGAGGUCCAUCUCCGGGGACCGGCCGAGGACGGUCUGUCUCUGGGCGCGGAUCGACAAGUGGAAGAACAAAGCCCGGAUCUUCGAGUACGGCAGGAAGGCGCCCCAGGGAGAGCUGUUCGGCCUGCGCACCUGGAACGUCCCGGGCGAGUUUGCGGUCGAAAUGUCAUGGAACGUUCGGAACCAUUGGGACAAUCGACACGUCGUCCUGAGCACGAACGUCAGCAUGGUGCCGGCGCCGACGCCGAUGCCAUUUGAGAGCCGCCGACUUGACGGCGCCGCCGGCGAGACGUCGUUCCCUACGGCGGCCCCCACGCCGCAGAGCCCGUGGGUGAAGACGUGGCACCACUACUGCAUGACGUACGCCGCGGAGCCGCACCCGAAGGAGAAAGAUCGGUACCUCCCAGGGAACGUGACCCUCUACGUGGACGGCCGCAAGGAGGGGUUCUGGAAGAACGCGACCGUCAACACGAGCCUCGGCUCGCCGCUCUACAUCGGCGCGGACAUCCACGGCUCCGGAACGCUAGAGGGCGCCGUGGACGAGGUGUACGUCUACGACAAGGCUCUGGAGGCCUGGCAGGUCGAGGUGCUCCACGGCAUCCUCAGUCCGCCGACGGUCGCGCCGUCCGCUGCGCCGACGCCGGUGCCGAGCCCAGCCCCGACCAUGACACAUGCCCCAAGCAACGCGCCGACCGAACUCUGCAGAGACUACCGGGUGAGCGGAUUUUCGUGCCCCGAUUCGGAAGGCGGGGAUUUGAACGGCCACUACGAGUACGUCGCGAUGACGAGCGACGGGCGGCCGAUCUACGCCUCCGCCAGCAGCACGCAUUACCUCUUCUACGACGCGAGCUGCGGCGACGGCAGCGAUGCGCCCUGGAGUAGCGGUUGGUUCGUUACACUGUCCCCCCGAUCCCCGGCAAUAAAUUGCCUUUGCUUUGCUUAGAGCUAGGGCGCCUAGCCCCACCGAGCCGUCCGUGACGAGUCGCGUCGACGGCGCGGGGUCUGCCUCCAUAGGGGGGGGGACGCCAGGUCCUGAGCGAGUCUUAAUCGAUCCAAAAUUACGUGCUUUUUCGCAUGGAGCCUCCGAGAGGGGUCGGUAGCCCCGCCCUAGGUCAGGGGUCUGCACGGAGGUCGAUGACGAUGAGAGGGAGAGCUCCAAAGUCGUCAAAAACCCGUUUAGUAGGUUUAGCGGCGUGCCGGCUGCAGCUGCAUGCGUUCAGCGCGGCGGAUACAACGGUCUUUUAGGGUGCUGCAGCAAAGGUGAUGACUUAGUGGCGGCUCUGGACGCCGUUCGGGCCGAUGAAGGCAGCUUAGGAGCGAGCCGAAUCACAUCGUGCGGGUAUUUUUUGCAGUCAUCGGUCUGCCAAAACGCCAAAUCCCGACGACCCCAUCCCAAACUUUGUUAGGGGACGGGAAUCGACCUGGUUAACCUUCGUUUUAGAAAAUCCGGCGCAUAGGACUGCGUUUAUAUUCGCUAUGGAGCAAUCCUAGUCUGGUGUCCCCCCCCAUGCCUCCAUACACCGACGGCGGCGAUUCCCACACACGUGGUUUUUCAAUCCUCUCUAGAGAAAUUAUGAGGGCGUACUGUCACGCGUCCCGUGGCCCAGGCAGCUCUAAGCAAAGCAUCGCUACAAGGUCGCGUCGUCGCCAGGCGAAAUGCCACCUCUCAAGGACGGACCCAGUGUUCACACGAAAACAGGCCAGUUACUUCUUUUCCGCCGCUUCUUCCGCGACGCGUGGUUCCCGCAGUCGGCGCCGCCGUUCGCCGCGGCGCAGCACACCUGGCAGCACGACCGGACGCAGGCGUGCUUCGCCGGCUCGCCGCAGCCGCAGAGCCGCAGGUUCGCCCCCGCGACGGCGCGGCGCUGCCUCUCCGACGGCGGCCGCGGCUCGCGGCGCCGCGGCGCCGCCGGCGCGUUCGCGCGCAUGGCCGCGUCCUUCGCCCGGCGGCGCUCGGCCCGGCCCCGCGCCAGGAGCGCCGCGUAGGCCGGCGCGUCCGGCGCGGCGCGGUCGCGCGCCCGCAGCGGGCCGGCGUCGUCCGGCAGGGCCGCCGCGAGCUCGGCCACGGUCCGCGCGGCCGCGACCGCCUCGCGCAGGUCGGCGUCGCGCGCCAGCGCGGCGUGGAGCAUGGCGACGACGUGCGCGCGCGCCCACGAGACGGGCGCGGCCGCCGCGAGCGCGAGGUACGCGCGGCACGCCGCGGCCGCCGCGGGCCGCGGCGCCGGCGCCGCGGAGAAGAGCCAGGGGUCCGCGAGCAGCGCCUCGGCCGACAUGACGGCCGCGCAGCCCGUCGCGCGCCGCAGCGCCGCGGCGUCCGCGGCGCGCCGCACGCCGCCGUUCGCCACGACCGGCACGGCCGCGCCGACCGCGGCGACGACCGCCCGCACGGCGGGCCAGCAGGCCUCCGCGAACGUCUUGCCCGCGCGCGUCCGCGCGUGCACGCAGACGGCGGCCGCGCCGGCGGCCACGAGCCGCUCCGCGAGCGCGACCGUCGCCGCGACGUCGACGUCGAGGCCCUCGGCGUCGCCGGCCGCGCGGCACCGGAUCUUCGCCGUCGCCGGCAGGGGCGAGGCCUCGGCGACGGCGCGCACGGCGCGCGCGGCCCCGUCGUCGUCCAGGAACGCGCCGUAGCCCCCGCGCCGCGCGCAGGCCUGCGGGCAGCCCAGGUUCACGUCGAUGGCGUCGCAGCCGCCCCGCGCCGCUAUCUCCCGGGCCGCCGCCGCCAGCGUGGCGGGGUCGCCGCCGCCCAGCUGCGCGAUCAGCGGCCGGUCCUCGGCGCACGCGUCGUCCGGCACGUGGUCCCGGCGGUACGCCGCGUCGCGGACGACGAGGUCCGCGUGGAGCAUGGGCGUGUAGCACAGGUCGCAGCCGUGCCGCCUGACCAGCAGCCGGAAGGCGCGCUCCGACUGGUCGACCAUCGGCGCGCAGACGGUGGCCGGGCUCCCGAGGGACCGCCACCAGGCCCACGGCUCGCGGGCCAUGCCCCGCAGUGGAUUGCUUUGGCUGCACGCUGUCGAGCCAAAAAGCUGUGUCGUCUGCUGCACGCUGUCGAGCCGUAAAAGCUGUGUCGUCGAGCCCUCCGCGCAGGAAGCUAGGCGACAGUAAGGUACUGUAUAAGUUAAGUAUAGUACUCUUAUAACGGGUUUCUAUGCCCGCACGAUAAGAAAGCUCGGGUGGACCUCUCGGAGCCCGUCGUCGGACGAGCGAUACGCGUGGUACUGGCCUUCCCGUCGCUGGACUCUGCUCUGAAAUCCUGCGGACCGAGCAAAGCACAUCGUGGAGGAGGGAAGUGCCGUAGUUCAUCCCAAAUCGUGGAGGAGGGGGCUGCCGUCGUUCUCAUGAUCGCCUGGCGGUGGCGGUGCUUGUUCCUCAGCGCGGUGGUCGGGGGGCAGCGCCCCCCCCGCAGCGGGCCGAAGGCGCGGCGGUCCAAGGGGCGGCGCGACGGCGCGCGCCGGCUCGAGGACACGACCGUGCCGACGUCGAAGCCGACACUCUCGCCGUCGUUUGCCACGCACGUGCCGACGGCGGCGCCGACCUCGGUGCCGACGUCGCCGACGGCGGCGCCGACGGCCGUGCCGACGGCCAGGCCGACGUCGGAGCCGACGCCCGAGCCGUCGAAGGUCCCGACGGGCGUUCCGACGGAGCAGGACCCGACGCCCGCGCCGACGUCACCGCCAAGCGCGGUGCCGACGUCGCCGACGAGCAAUCCGACUCUCGUCCCGACGCCCGUCCCGACAUCGACGCCGACGGCGGAGCCGACGCCGACGGCGUUUUCCCGCAAGCCGACCGGCGUCCCGACGACGCCCCCUUCGGCCGAGCCGUCGUUCUCGCACCACCCGACAUCCGUGCCGACGUCCCAACCUUCGCCCGUGCCCACGUUCACGCCGGCGUGCUGCGUCGAGCACCAAUUUACCGAAACCGGGGAGGUGGAAGGCACGACGUGUAGCGGCGGCCGCUCGCCGUGGGACGCCGCCACCAUGACCGAGCUGUGUACGGCGGGCUAUUCGGAGUACGGCGCGGCGGCGCCGCCCUUCCGCGAUUGCAGGCAGGAGGCGAUUGACUCGGGGAACUGCGGCGACACUGACUCGGGGAACUGGGGCCAAUCGUGCGAGGGUUGUUGGGAUCACGACUACUGGGCGAACGUCGGCUACGAAGCGUGCCCCGACUGGGUGGUCGACGCCAUGAACGCGGAGGGGGCCACCGGCGGCCAGUGCGCGGAUUGGGUCCGCGACGGCUACUCGUAUCCCUCCGGUUCGUGCGGGCACCACGCCUGGGGCGCCGAUCGCGACGGAUACUCCAAGUGCGCCUGGCUGGGUAGAGAGCCCUAUCCCGAGGGCGACGCCGCCCUCCACGCGAUGGGGGACGACGCCGGGUUGUGCUGCCCGGAGUAUCCCUCCGGUUCGUGCGGGGACCACGCCUGGGGCGCCGAUCGCGACGGAUACUCCAAGUGCGCCUGGCUGGGUAGAGAGCCCUAUCCCGAGGGCGACGCCGCCCUCCACGCGAUGGGGGACGACGCGGAGACGUGCUGCCCGGGCGAGGACUGGAGGUCGGCGAACGGCUGUCGCCAGGACUACUGCACGUCCACGGGCGACGACUGCUACGCCUCGAUGGACUGGGGCGAGCCGGCGACCUGCUCAAACGGCUACACUCCGUCGCCGCCGAACCCGACUAUGGACGACCCCGAGUACACGUGCUGCCCGAGCGCGACCAGCUGCGAGUACGUCGCCGGCCAGCCGUUCGUCCUCGUGGCGUUUGAGCCCGAUCCAGCCACCCAGGCAAUGUUGGGCCUGGCAGACGGGGAGUUCUCGGUGGGCCUGAAUGAUGCGGACAAAAACUACAUCGCCGACGAGACUCCAAACGUCCACAGCAACACAUUUGUCAGCACGCAAACGACGGAGGGCACGAAGAUGCUUCAGGUCUGUUCGAACCCGACGUGCUCCGACGGCAGCGCCGCGACGUGCUGCGACGUCGAUGGAGACUGCGAGGACGGCGACGACGACUACUGCUGCGGCGCAGACUACUACUGCUCGAACGACGGUGCCGAAUACGCGGCGACCAUGGGCGGCGUGCUCUGCUGCUCGCUCGGCCACGCGAACGGCGGCAUAACUUUCCCGGAUAUGCCGGACGAGUGGACGACGGACGCGACGCGGCCGCCGUCCAUCGACGAGGACUUCCUCAUCAACGUCGGUCUGCACGUUCACUGCCAAGAGUACGCGUCGGGGGUCAAGGCGAUAGCGAUCGGGAACGCGGGCUCCGCCGGGAGCUGGGUCGUCAACGGUGACGGGACAAUUUCGCCGCAUGAUGCCCCGCACCUCGUGCUCGUCUGGGGCGACUUCACCACGGCCUCGUGCUGGGAGUCCGCGACUGGGUACAUGGACCCGCAACCGAACAACCUAGUCCUCAUGGACUCCGCGAUGGCGCUCGGUUGCGAGGCCGCGAGAGAGGCCGAUCCUGCUCAGAUGUGCGCGCCGGUCUUCCGCGCGAGAGGCGUCGACUGCGAUCACGCCGGCCACGACCAUGGCAGCGCCUGCGACGGCCUCCACCCCAUGGCGGGCUGGACCGGUGAGGCUUGCAGCUGGGCGCACGGGGAGACGCACGGCUGCCCGGUCGCGAACGUGCCGCGGCACCGGUGGGAGUCCGACCUCUGGUCCUGCGACCAGCUGUGCGGGGAAAUCGGCGGGCGGUGCAACCGCGCGGCGUACAUGAGCAACAACCACUGCGGGUCGGACGUGACCGAGCAGUGGGAAUUCUCGUGCUGGGACCACGUCAACGGAAUGGGGGCAUGGGUCGAGGACUUCGAUCCGGAGCACGCGCUGUGCUGGUGCGAGGCCGACGACACGGACCACUGGUGGCACUACUACGACGAAGACGACGACGACGACGACGGGUUAGGCGGCGGCUCGGAGCUCGUCAUGUCCGGCGGCCUCGUCGCGAUUGGCCUCACGUUUACCGGAAUCAGCAUCGCUGCGAUCGCAAAUGCGGUCCAGGAACAAUGCGCCUUGGGACCGACGAUCGUCUACGAAGCUGGCACGACUCACCCCUACUACAUCUCCCCAAAUCUAUGCUCCAUCGGGACCAAGACCUACGCUUCGAAGACGACUGUCCGCGACGCGUCGCCGCGCAAGGUCUGCCGCAAGUUUUGCGAGGCAGCUUCAGAGAAGGGGAAACUUGCACUGAAGCACGUGCAGGGCCUCACUUGCUACUGCAAAAGGAAGUAAGCGACCCCUGUUCUCCCCCCUCCCUCUUCUUGACUGUUUGACAGUUUGCAUCGGCAGCGCCGCCCUAGACGCCGCCCGUUCCGAAAGAAGCUUCCCCGCCCUACCUUCAUCCAACCAUUCGUAACUGCAGAUUUCAUGACCACUCCUAGUACUCCGCUGCAUCAAUAACUAUGGGCCAGCGGAGCUUCGAAACACGAGGUGCAUAUUCUGUUGCUUUGCUUAGAGCUAGCCCGCCUAGUCUGUUCCGCUGGGGGAAAGACACCGCGCGUCGCCGAUUCAUCGCGCCGACCCGAACCAGGAUCCCUACGAGUCGUGAAUACACCUAGAGGGCGGCCGGCGUCUGGGGAAACCGACGGGAUACGACUACAAAAGGCCAGCGGUGCCUGUCGUGGAUCCGAAGCGGCAUCAAUAUUGAAACUUCGGAGGAAGAUGGAUACCACCGAGUCCGAAAUAGUAAGUAGCAAAUUACUGCAGCGGACACGAGGGGGGUGGGGAAACGAAGCAUAUACAUCAAAAGUCGCCCGGCGCCGCCCGGCGCGGGCCGCGGAAUCCGUCGUCCGGUGCCGCCCGGCUCGGUGGGCCGCGGUUGGGGGAGCCGAAGCCGUCGUCCGGUGCCGCCCGGCUCGGUGGGCCGCGGUUGGCGGAGCCGGAGCCGUAGUCUGGUGCCGCCCGGCGCGGCGGACCGCGGUUGAGCGGCGGCAACCGGCCCUGGCGGACGGGCGGGGCGCGCGGCGAUUCCGCGUCGUAGGCGCGCCGUGGGGACUCGAGCGGCGCCGCCGCUGGUUCGAUACGCGGCGUGGCGCGGCGCGAGGCCCAGCGCUCCGUCGUCAAACCUCCGCCCUGCGCGGCCUCGGCGACGGCCACGGCAGAAACCUUUCCUCGCCGCGUGCUCACGAGGUAGCCGCCGAUGCCUGACAGGAGCAUCAAAAUAACAACUACCAACACCACAAUGAUGAUGAUAAGAGUGCCACCGCCCGAGUCGGAGCCGCCGCCGCCAGAGGCGGGGGCGGGGGCGGGGGCGGGGGCGGCGUCGUCGGCGGUGCCGUCGUCGUCGCCGACAGCGCCGCCAGGUGCCCCGCUCGAAGUUGUGGCCGUCGGCCGCGGGGACGGUUUUGUCGUCGGCCGCGGGGACGGCGCCGGCGAGGGCCUGGACGUCGGCCGCGGGGACGGCGCCGGCGUGGUGACGACGAAGACGACCGUGGCCGCCGCAAUCGCCGCGUACGUCGCCGUCACGUCCACGGUCACGGCGGCGAACGCGGAAUCCGCGGCCUGCAGCGUGGUCAAGAAGCUCCCGUCGUCAAUCGCCAGCGUCAGAGCGUCCAUGGACUGCUCCAGCCUUUCCGCCGAGACUUGUUCGCCGUUAUCCGUGCCGUCGAUGCGGGCGAUGCCCGUGUACGAGAUCGCGACGCCCGCGCCGCCGUCGUCGAGGCGCCGCCGCCCCGCGGCCACAAUGUCUAUGAUCUCUUCGAAGAGACCGCCGGUGCUGUCCAUGAUCGACUGCGCGAACGCCGCCUGCCUGCCGGUCUUGUCGGCGUUAAACAGGACGGGGUUGACGCCCUCGAGCGUCACCGACGAAGCGACCUGGACCAGCGUCUGAGCUUGCGACGGCGCGGGGGUGGGGAUGCGCGUCGGCCGGUGCGUCGGCGACGGCGACGGCGGCUCGGUCGUCGGCAUUGGCGUGGGAAUGGGAGACGGCGCUCGCGUCGGUCGCGGCGUGGGCGUUGGCGUGGGCCGCGGCGUCGGAGCAAAGACCGGCGCCGCCGUGGGAUUGCCGGGUAGGGGCGUCGGCGCCGGCGUGGGGGCCGGCGUCGGCCGGUGCGUCGGCGACGGCGACGGCCCCGGCGUGGUCGGCUGCGCCGUCGUGGGCGCCGGCGACGGCGCCGACGUCGUAGGCCGAGGCGUCGGCUUCGGAGUCGGUCCGGGAGUCGGCGCCGUAGACGGCGCCGGCGAGGGCGGAAAGCCUACGACGACGUCCGCGUCGGCCGCGAUCGUCGAGGCGGCGAAGUCGGUCAGAUGCGUACACGCGCACGUCACGCCGGACGCCGUGUUCGCGACGACAGAACAGCCGUCGGAGGACCAGCUUCUCGUCACAUUAUCCCAGAACGAGCACGCGGCCGUCUUGGCGGGGCAGGUCACGGUGACGUCGAGCGGGACGCCGUCUCCCGAGUAAACGGGCGCCUCGAAGGUCAUCGUCGACCCGUCGGGGAGCGUCACUUCGCGAGACUCCCCGCAGUCAAAGGUCGUGGGCACGUCGCAGUUGAAGGUCAGGACCUGGGACUGAUUAAAGCACGUCUCCGUGUCCGUGCCCGGGUCGUAGUCGGCCUCGAGCGUCGGGUCGUAGUCGAACGGGAUGUCGAACACGAUGGGUUCGGCGAGAUUGUCAACCUUGACCGUGGCGCCUUCGCCGCCGAGUUCGAUCUGCAGCAGAUCCGAGACGGCGCCGUCGCCCUCAGAAGCGUGGACGUUCUUCAAUUGGGCCACUUUCACGUCCACGUCGGCCGGCUCGCCGUCCAGGAGCCGUCGCCUCGAACGCCCGCGCCGCCUCGCGUCGGCGUCGCAGCUGCCGCCCCCGGCCUCGUCGAGGGCCGAGGCGGGCAGGUCCGUCACGCCGGCCCCGGAGGACAGUCGAAACGCCGCGUCCCGCGUCCCGCAGUCGGUCCGGAAGGCGCGCAGCUCCAGGUUGUCCGUGACGACGCUCUUGUUCUGGCCGCCGUAGGCGCCCGCGAUCAUGCCGGUGGCGAGGGCCCCCACCGUGCCGGCCAUCUGCCCGUCUAGGGAGGUGUUCGACGCGCCCGACGCGAACAGGCUCGCAUCCAGGAGGCUCGAGACGGUAUCCGCCGCCGACGCCGCCGUGUCGUCGUCGAUCCCAUGUUUCGCGGCGUCGCCGACGACCUCGCCGAGCAGCCCGAUCGCGCCCGUCUGCGAGCUCUCAGAGAGAGAGUCGGGGUCCCCGGUGAGCGUCGAGACAGUGAACAAGACUUGAGUCGCCGCCGCCGCGGACGAGCCCGUGCCCACCAGGCUCGCCGCGCUGAUCGUGUGACCCAUCAGGUCGUCGAUCAGCUCCUGCUCGGAGGAAAGUCUCCGCCGACUCAUGUCGGUCCCGCCUAUGACGCUCGCCACGUUCGAGACCAGAGACAGCGACGCCUCGCCGUCGCCCGUGUUCGCCGACUCUGAUAAUAAAUCGCCGGCGAGCGCCGAGAGGUCCUCGCCCGAGAUCUCGAGCGGAUCCACCCGCACGGGCGUGAAGGCUUGCGCGUAGGACAGGUAGCGGUCGAAGACGCGGCCGACGCAGGUGAGAUUAACGUUGUUCGCCUGCGGCAGCGUCGUGACGAACCACGAGCUCGCGUACUGGUCCGCGACGAGCGGCGUCAAGGCCGAGUUCGCGGCCCGACGGUCCGCGAAGCUUGUCCCGCCCCCGCCGCCACGACUGCUGCCGCGCCUGCUUACCCGCUGGCGGUAGCUGUACGUGUACGUGAGCGGGUAGUCGUCGACGUCGUCGGACCAGCCGUCGAGCAGGAAUUCAAACUCCGUCGUCAGCGCGGUGCCCCGGUACGGCGAGACGGCGAACGUGCCCGAGGUGGGCGGGCCGUUCGUCGUCAGGGAGACGACGGUCGAGGACGUCGACCCGAUGCUGUCCGUGACCGUAAGUCUCAGCCGAUACACGGCGUUGGGCCGCGUCUUGCCGAGGUCGAUGAGCAUGGGAGACGGUGCCCCGCUGGGCUUGCCGAGGAGGCCCGCCGACUGCCCGUCGCCGACGGACCAGGCGGUUUGCUCGAUCGUUCUAGCAGAAUCGGGGGACGUCGCCUUGAAGUAGAUCGCCGUGAACGCGCCGUCCAUGGGUUUGUACUUGACGCUCUCGUCGAAGUCCGUGAUCGUCGCGCGGGGCAUGUACUCGUCCGACGAGAUUGACACCAGCACGCUGUAGGCCGCGCGCCGCGUGCCGCGCGAGACGGUCAGCGUGAAUUCGUAGGUCGCGCCGCUCGUCCAGCCCGCGGCCGUCGUCGGCGUGAACGCGAGGACGGGUUGCGUCGCGUUUACGGAAGCGAGUAACGAGUUCGCGUCUUCCCUACUCCCGUCGUCCAGCACGUGCGCCACGGUCCACGUGUAUGCCAUCGCGCCCUCGGCGUCGUUGUCGUCGGGGUCGUACGACUCGGACCCGUCCAGCUCGGCGUCGGCGCCGAUCGCCACGGUCUGCUCGACGCCGCCCGAUAUCGAGGCCAUCAAGUCCUGAGACCCGACGACGACCGUCGUAGUAGCGGAGUUGUUGAUCGUCAUGCUGUCCGCGAAGCCGACGGUCACCUGGAACUUGUAGGUCGUCUGCGCGUCCAGGGCGUCCGCCGGGAGGCGACACGUCACGGGGUUGGCGGUGUAUUCCGCCAGUUUCGGGACGAGGUCUCGGACGUACGUCUCUCCCUCCAGCCGCCACGCGCGCCACACGUAGCCCAGCGCCGUGGACGACAUGUUCGCGUCCGCGCAGGUCAGGUUGGGCAGGGCCACGUCGAGCUUGAGCGACUUUUUAUCGGACCGGACCAUGUUUUGCGUCGCGGCGCCCUGGAACUGGACGCCGGGCGCCGGCGAGGCCAGCUUGUGGACGGUCGCGGACACGGUCGUCGUCCCACCGAGAAAAUUCGUCGCGGCGAUGAGGAAGUCGUAGGCCCGACCUUCGAGGAGGUCGUCGAAGCCGAGGUCCAAGGUCACGGCGCCGGCGGCGUCGGCCUGUUGAAGCUUGGCCUCGAGCGCCGCCACGCUGGCCAUGUCGGCGUCCGUCUCGGCGUCCCAGGUCGUCAGCACGCCCCAGUUGUACGUCAGAGCUCGCGAGCCACCACCCGUGGCGCCGCGCGCGUCGAGGACGACGCCGUCGCAUUUGCCGACGCUCUCCGGCGCCGUGAUGGAGAUCGCCGGCAAGAUGGGGUCCAGCGGCUUUUGGGCCUCGGCGUACUGGGCGGCGCUCGUGAGCGUCGCGCCGUCGAGGUCGUUCUUCAGCAGGCCGCCCUUGAGAUGCGCGCUGUUGAGGGUCGUCGCGGCCACGUAGUCAAAUGGCACGAUCUGGGCGCCCGCGCCGAACGUUACGCGCAGCGCGCUCGAAUUCGUCCAGGCGCACGUACCGUCCGCGCCGAAUUGCUGCGCCGCGUACUCAAAGAGCGUGGCGCAAUCAAUAUCCCACUCGCCGUCGAUCAUGUUCGUCGGGCUGUCGAAGAGCACGUCGAGGCCGUUGCCGCCGUCCAGGAACCGCACAAGUUCAAGCUUGGGCGGUGGCACACUAUCUACAGAGAAUUCGACAGCAAUCUCGACGUCUGAGACGGCGAGGUCGUCGAAGAAGGCGUCGGCGGAUUCGACGUAAUGCGUGAGUCUGGCCGUCCUGCCCUCCAAGACGUCUGGGUCUGCGAGAGAGGCGUUGACGGCCACGUACUUCCGAGCCCAGUCGUCCGGCGUGAACACGAGCCGCUUCGUGUAGAACACAUUCGUGUCGGCGCAGUCGAGCGACACGACGACGUUGGCCGUCGGCGGCGCGGAGAGCGUGAUCCAGUAGCCGUCGCUGAACGUCGGACCGUCGACGCCGGCCCCGACCGUCAGCGCCUUGCCGCUCACGGUGGCGAAGGCGACGUCGUCCUCGAUGACUUGGCACGUCAUAUUGGGCGAACGAACGCCGUCGUAGUUGGCGUCGGCAGAGCGCGCCACGAACCAGACGGAGUAGUUGCGGUCGCCGGAUAAUACAGCGUCGUCAGCAACGCGGAGAGUGUACGUCGCGAGCGAGGCCCAGUCGGCGGGCUCGACGGUCCGGUUCAUUCCAUCGGCACCGUCGACGGAGAUGCUCUCGAACGCGUCGACGUCGCCCUCGACCUCGAGGCGCACGGCGGAAAACGGUAGGCUCGUCAGCGCCGCCGUGAAGACGAAGGUCGCGGCGUUCUCCUUUGCUUUCGCCGUGAGGGCCGCCGCGUCGGAGGUGACGGGGUCCGUCGUCGCCAGGAAUUUGUUCACCGCGAUCAGCGACACGUCGACGUCCAGCACAUUUACGGAAACCGUCUUCUCGAAGCCGCGCGCGCGGCCGUAGAUCGGGUCCGUCGACGAGAGGAAGACCGUGACGCUCUGGGCGACGCUGUCCCCGUUGUCGACGCGGUCCCGGAGCGCGCCGGCGGCGAGGGUAAGAAUGGUGUCGCCGGCGGGGAUCCACCUCGCGACGGAGGUGCUUCCGGCGUCCGACGUGAGCGCGUAGCCCGGGUUAUCUGGGUCCUCGUCGUAGAAGCGGAGGGCACUGCCGGUCCGACCGCCGCCGCGCAGCGUCAACCUCACGGGCUUGGUCGCCGGGACCGUGAGGUUGACGACCAGAUGCUCUACUUUGAGACCCGUCCCCGUGAAGGCCGCCUCGGCCAGCUCCGGCGGCGCCGCCACCGAGAAGUCCGCGAGGCGGUAGUUUAUGGUCGUCGGGGCGGUUGUAGGUACUGCCGACGGCGGCGAAGAGAUCGUGGGCAGGCUCGUGGGCGCGGGCGUGGGCUCGGCCGUGGGCGCGGCCGUCGGCGCGGCCGACGGCGCGGCCGACGGUGCGGCCGACGGAAGCAUCGUCAUCGUCGGCGACGGGCUUGGUGACGGCGUCGGCGCGGACGACGGCGCGGGCGACGGCUCGGCCGUCGAGGGGACAGGCGUCGGGGACGACGUCGGCAACGGCGAGGGCAAAGCCGACGGCGUCGCCGUCGUCGGAUUGGGCGUCGGCUUGUGCGACGGCUCCGGAGAGGGAUUAAGCGUCGGUCGCGGCGACGGCCGCGGCGUCGGCUUUUGCGACGGGUCCGCGGUCGGCGCGGGCGAGGGCCAGGGCGUCGGCGCAGGCGUAGGGCGCGACGACGGCGCCGGCGACGGUUUGGGCGUGGGCCGCGCCGUGGGCACAAAUGAGGGCGCUGGCGUGGGCCGUGGCGUGGGCGUAGGUGUCGGGCGCGAGGACGGCGCCGGCGAGGGCUCCGGCGAGGGUCGUGGCGUCGGCGCAAACGAGGGCGCCGGCGUCGGUCGCGACGAGGGGCCCGGCGUCGGGCCCGGCGUCGGCGCAGGCGACGGCAGAGGCGUGGGCUUGGGGCUCGGCGCCGGCGUGGGUCUUGCCGUCGGCGCGAAGACGGGAGACGCCGUCGGGCUGCCCAGUGUGACCGACGGCGCGGGCGUAGGUCGUGUGGUCGGCCCCGGGCUCGGCGCCGUUGUUGGUGCGGGCGUAGGCCGCGGCGUGGGCAUUGGGGUCGGCUUGCGCGACGGGGCCGCGGUCGGCGCGGGCGAGGGCCGGGGCGUCGGCGCAGGCGUAGGGCGCGACGACGGCGCCGGCGACGGUUCGGGCGUGGGCCGCGCCGUGGGCACAAAUGAGGGCGCUGGCGUGGGCCGUGGCGUGGGCUUAGGUGUCGGGCGCGAGGACGGCGCCGGCGAGGGCUCCGGCGAGGGUCCUGGCGUCGGCGCAAACGAGGGCGCCGGCGUCGGUCGGGCCGACGGCCGGGGAGUCGGCCGGGCCGACGGUGCAGGCGUCGGUCGGGCCGUCGGCCGCGGCGUCGGCCGCGGAGUUGGUCUGUGCGAUGGCGACGACGUCGGGGUCCCGGAAGGUCGCACGGUCGGGACAGUUGACGGAAUCGCGGUCGGCGCAGAUAUCGGGGACGACGUCGGAAGGGACGUGGGCGUGGCCGUCGGCGCGGCUGUCGGCGUGGACGUCGGGCGGGCCGUGGGCGUGGCCGUCGGCCUAGCCGUCGGAGCUGACGUCGGCAUAGACGUCGGCGUCCACGUUGGAUCGGAUGUCGGCGUUGACGAUGGCAUGGCCGUCGUCGGCGCAUCCGUCGGUAUGGACGUCGGCGGCGCCGUAGGCUUGGCCGUCGGCACGACCGUCGGCACGAUCGUCGGCGUAGGCGUCGGCGGCGCCGUAGGCUUGGCCGUCGGCACGACCGUCGGCACGAUCGUCGGUGCGGACGUCGGAAGGGCGGUGGGCGUGGCCGUUGGCACGAUCGACGGCACGAUCGUCGGUAUGGACGUCGGCGGCGCCGUAGGCUUGGCCGUCGGCACGACCGUCGGCACGAUCGUCGGUGCGGACGUCGGAAGGGCGGUGGGCGUGGCCGUUGGCACGAUCGACGGCGCAGCCGUCGGUGUGUAUGUUGGCGUCGACGUGGGCGUCGACGACGGCAGCGGCGAAGGAAGCAGGGUCGGCGGCUGCGUCGGGCUGGCCGUCGUCGGAGCGGGCGACUCCGCUGUCGUCGGCGCCGCCGUCGGGCCGAAGGUCCCGAGCUCGACGCGGCCGUCGUCGUCCCAGUCGCGCGCGACCGCGCCCGCGCGCGAGGCCACGUACGUGACCAGGGUCGCGGUCACGACCGCAUCGCACGCAAACGCGCGGUUCGGCUUGGCCUCGUAGCUCCAGGGCUCGCCGUCCAUCCGCAUCGCGACGGCCAUCGAGCUCGAGACGACCUUCGCGUCGCGCCAGACGCCCGCGAAGCCCUCGCGGAGGCCCUCGAUCGCGGCGCCGCCGUCCAUGUCCAUCGUCAGGCUGUCGAACCCCAUCAGGUCGGUGCUGUUCAUGUCCACCGCGCCGUAGACGCACGACGUGCGCUCGUGGACCUCCUGUUCCGCCUUGAGCUCCGCCACGGUCGCCAGGCGCCGCCCGCCGGAGGUCGAACCCGUCGGCGUCGGGGUCGCAAACGGCGUCGACGACGACGGCGCGGCCGUCGUCGCGGCCGUUGGCGGGGACGUUGGAAGCGCUGUGGACUCAGUCGCCGGCUGGCGCAGGUCCCCUUCCCUCUGGAGCAGGAAGCGCUGCUGCAGCACCGUCCUCCCGUCGACGUCGACGUGUCCCCCGUAGCCAAGAGCGAAGCGGUCCGUGGCGUCGUCCUUGACCCAGUCGUGGUCGACGUGGACGAGGAAGCGCUCCCGCGCGGCUUCCAGGUCGGUCACCUUCAUGCCGAGGACGUAGGCCACGCCCGAUUCGUUGUGGUCGCUCCAUUUUACUGUGCCCGUGACCGUCUCGUUGAGCUUCUCGUCGCCGUCAACGCGCAGCGCGAGCCCAAGCGAGCCAGCCAUGGCCUCGUCCUGCGAGUCGCCGUCGGCGGUCAUCGCCAUGUGCAGCUUCUCGCGGUUCCGGUUGAUGACCGUCAUGCUGGCCUGCAGGUCGUCUCGAUUCGCGUCGGUCAUGCCGCUCCAGUCGACGGCGCCCGACAGAUGGCCAUCAAGCUUGUCGUCAGCGUCCGUUCGCACGAGUAGCCCAAGCGAGCCAGCCAUGGCCUCGUCCUGCGAGUCGCCGUCGGCGGUCAUCGCCAUGUGUAGCCGUUCUCGCUGCUUGUUGAUGACCGUCAUGCUGGCCCGUAGGUCCUCCUCGGUGCCGCUCCAGUCGGCGGUGCCCGAGACCGUCGCAUCGAGCUCCUCCUUUGCGUCGACGCGCAGCGCGAGCCCGAGCGAGCCAGCCAUGGCCUCGUCCUGCGAGUCGCCGUCGGCGGUCAUCGCCAUGUGUAGCCGUUCUCGCUGCUUGUUGCUGACCGUCAUAGUGGCCUCCAGGGCGUCGCUCCAGUCGAGGCCGCCCGAGACGCGGCCGUCAAACUUCUCGUCAGCGUCGACGCGCAGAGCGAGCCCGAGCGAGCCAGCCAUGGCCUCGUCCUGCGAGUCGCCGUCGGCGGUCAUCGCCAUGUGCAGCUUCUCGCGGUUCCGGUUGAUGACCGUCAUGCUGGCCUGCAGGUCGUCUCGAUUCGCGUCGGUCAUGCCGCUCCAGUCGACGGCGCCCGACAGAUGGCCAUCAAGCUUGUCGUCAGCGUCCGUUCGCACGAGUAGCCCAAGCGAGCCAGCCAUGGCCUCGUCCUGCGAGUCGCCAUCGGCGGUCAUCGACAUGUGGACCUUCUCUCUACCCUCGUUGCUGACCGUCAUAGUGGCCUCCAGGGCGUCGCUCCAGUCGAGGCCGCCCGACACAAGGCCGUCGAACUUCUCGUCAGCGUCGACGCGCAGAGCGAGCCCGAGCGAGCCGUCUCUAGCCUUGUUUCGAGAGUCGCCGUCGGCGGUCAUCGCCAUGUGCAGCCGUUCCCGCUGUUUGUUGCUGACCGUCAUGCUGGCCCGUAGGUCCGUCUGAUCCGCGACCUCCGUGCCGCUCCAGUCGAGGUUGCCGGACACAAGGCCGUCGACUUCGUUCUCGUUAUCGACGCGCACGAGCAGCCCGAGGGAGCCGUCCCUCUCGCGGAAUCGCGAGUCGCCGUCGGCGGUCAUCGCCAUGUGCAGCCGUUCCCGCUGGUUGUUGCUGACCGUCAUGCUGGCCCGUAGGUCCGUCUGAUUCGCGACCUCCGUGCCGCUCCAGUCCAAGCCGCCGGACACAAGGCCGUCGAUCUCCUCCUCGUCAUCGAGGCGCACGAGCAGCCCGAGGGAGCCGUCCCUCUCGCGGAAUCGCGAGUUGCCGUCCGCGGUCAUCGCCAUGUGCAGCUUCUCGCGGUUCCGGUUGCUGACCGUCAUGCUGGCCUCGAGGGCGUCGCUCCAGUCGAGGCCGCCCGAGACGCGGCCGUCGAGCUUCUCGUCCGCCUCAGCGAACAGAGCGAGCCCCAGCGAGCCUGACACGGCCUCGUCCUGCGAGUCGCCGUCCGCGGUCAUCGCCAUGCGGAACCGUUCUCGGUCCUUGUUGCUGACCGCCAUGCGGACCCGUAUGUCGUCUCGGCUCGGGUGCGUCGUGCCGCUCCAGUCCAAGCCGCCGGACACAAGGCCGUCGAUCUCCUCCUCGUCAUCGAGGCGCACGAGCAGCCCGAGGGGCCGUCCUCUCGCGGAAUCGCGAGUUGCCGUCGCGGUCAUGGCCAUGUGCAGCUUCUCGCGGUUCCGGUUGCUGACCGUCAUGCUGGCCUCGAGGGCGUCGCUCCAGUCGAGGCCGCCCGAGACGCGGCCGUCGAACUUCUCGUCCGCCUCAGCGAACAGAGCGAGCCCCAGCGAGCCUGACACGGCCUCGUCCUGCGAGUCGCCGUCCGCGGUCAUCGCCAUGCGGAACCGUUCUCGGUCCUUGUUGCUGACCGCCAUGCGGACCCGUAUGUCGUCUCGGCUCGGGUGCGUCGUGCCGCUCCAGUCCAAGCCGCCGGACACAAGGCCGUCGAUCUCCUCCUCGUCAUCGAGGCGCACGAGCAGCCCGAGGGAGCCGUCCCUCUCGCGGAAUCGCGAGUUGCCGUCCGCGGUCAUGGCCAUGUGCAGCUUCUCGCGGUUCCGGUUGCUGACCGUCAUGCUGGCCUCGAGGGCGUCGCUCCAGUCGAGGCCGCCCGAGACGCGGCCGUCGAACUUCUCGUCCGCCUCAGCGAACAGAGCGAGCCCCAGCGAGCCUGACACGGCCUCGUCCUGCGAGUCGCCGUCCGCGGUCAUCGCCAUGCGGAACCGUUCUCGGUCCUUGUUGCUGACCGCCAUGCGGACCCGUAUGUCGUCUCGGCUCGGGUGCGUCGUGCCGCUCCAGUCGAGGCCGCCGGACACAAGGCCGUCGAUCUCCUCCUCGUCAUCGAGGCGCACGAGCAGCCCGAGGGCCGUCCUCUCGCGGAAUCGCGAGUUGCCGUCCGCGGUCAUGGCCAUGUGCAGCUUCUCGCGGUUCCGGUUGCUGACCGUCAUGCUGGCCUCGAGGGCGUCGCUCCAGUCGAGGCCGCCCGAGACGCGGCCGUCGAACUUCUCGUCCGCCUCAGCGAACAGAGCGAGCCCCAGCGAGCCUGACACGGCCUCGUCCUGCGAGUCGCCGUCCGCGGUCAUCGCCAUGCGGAACCGUUCUCGGUCCUUGUUGCUGACCGCCAUGCGGACCCGUAUGUCGUCUCGGCUCGGGUGCGUCGUGCCGCUCCAGUCGAGGCCGCCGGACACAAGGCCGUCGAUCUCCUCCUCGUCAUCGAGGCGCACGAGCAGCCCGAGGGAGCCGUCCCUCUCGCGGAAUCGCGAGUUGCCGUCCGCGGUCAUGGCCAUGUGCAGCUUCUCGCGGUUCCGGUUGCUGACCGUCAUAGUGGCCUCGAGGGCGUCGCUCCAGUCGAGGCCGCCCGAGACGCGGCCGUCGAACUUCUCGUCCGCCUCAGCGAACAGAGCGAGCCCCAGCGAGCCUGACACGGCCUCGUCCUGCGAGUCGCCGUCCGCGGUCAUCGCCAUGCGGAACCGUUCUCGGUCCUUGUUGCUGACCGCCAUGCGGACCCGUAUGUCGUCUCGGCUCGGGUGCGUCGUGCCGCUCCAGUCCAAGCCGCCGGACACAAGGCCGUCGAUCUCCUCCUCGUCAUCGAGGCGCACGAGCAGCCCGAGGGAGCCGUCCCUCUCGCGGAAUCGCGAGUUGCCGUCCGCGGUCAUGGCCAUGUGCAGCUUCUCGCGGUUCCGGUUGCUGACCGUCAUGCUGGCCUCGAGGGCGUCGCUCCAGUCGAGGCCGCCCGAGACGCGGCCGUCGAACUUCUCGUCCGCCUCAGCGAACAGAGCGAGCCCCAGCGAGCCUGACACGGCCUCGUCCUGCGAAGUCGCCGUCCGCGGUCAUCGCCAUGCGGAACCGUUCUCGGUCCUUGUUGCUGACCGCCAUGCGGACCCGUAUGUCGUCUCGGCUCGGGUGCGUCGUGCCGCUCCAGUCGAGGCCGCCCGACACAAGGCCGUCGAUCUCCUCCUCGUCAUCGAGGCGCACGAGCAGCCCGAGGGCCGUCCUCUCGCGGAAUCGCGAGUUGCCGUCCGCGGUCAUGGCCAUGUGCAGCUUCUCGCGGUUCCGGUUGCUGACCGUCAUGCUGGCCUCGAGGGCGUCGCUCCAGUCGAGGCCGCCCGAGACGCGGCCGUCGAACUUCUCGUCCGCCUCAGCGAACAGAGCGAGCCCCAGCGAGCCUGACACGGCCUCGUCCUGCGAGUCGCCGUCCGCGGUCAUCGCCAUGCGGAACCGUUCUCGGUCCUUGUUGCUGACCGCCAUGCGGACCCGUAUGUCGUCUCGGCUCGGGUGCGUCGUGCCGCUCCAGUCGAAGCCGCCGGACACAAGGCCGUCGAUCUCCUCCUCGUCAUCGAGGCGCACGAGCAGCCCGAGGGCCGUCCUCUCGCGGAAUCGCGAGUUGCCGUCCGCGGUCAUGGCCAUGUGCAGCUUCUCGCGGUUCCGGUUGCUGACCGUCAUGCUGGCCUCGAGGGGCGUCGCCCAGUCGAGGCCGCCCGAGACGCGGCCGUCGAACUUCUCGUCCGCCUCAGCGAACAGAGCGAGCCCCAGCGAGCCUGACACGGCCUCGUCCUGCGAGUCGCCGUCCGCGGUCAUCGCCAUGCGGAACCGUUCUCGGUCCUUGUUGCUGACCGCCAUGCGGACCCGUAUGUCGUCUCGGCUCGGGUGCGUCGUGCCGCUCCAGUCGAAGCCGCCGGACACAAGGCCGUCGAUCUCCUCCUCGUUAUCGAGGCGCACGAGCAGCCCGAGGGAGCCGUCCCUCUCGCGGAAUCGCGAGUUGCCGUCCGCGGUCAUGGCCAUAUGCAGCUUCUCGCGGUUCCGGUUGAUGACCGUCAUGCUGGCCUGCAGGUCGUCUCGAUUCGCGUCGGUCAUGCCGCUCCAGUCGACGGCGCCCGACAGAUGGCCAUCAAGCUUGUCGUCAGCGUCCGUUCGCACGAGUAGCCCAAGCGAGCCAGCCAUGGCCUCGUCCUGCGAGUCGCCGUCGGCGGUCAUCGCCAUGUGUAGCCGUUCUCGCUGCUUGUUGAUGACCGUCAUGCUGGCCCGUAGGUCCUCCUCCGUGCCGCUCCAGUCGGCGGUGCCCGAGACCGUCGCAUCGAGCUGCUCCUUUGCGUCGACGCGCAGCGCGAGCCCGAGCGAGCCAGCCAUGGCCUCGUCCUGCGAGUCGCCGUCGGCGGUCAUGGCCAUAUGCAGCUUCUCGCGGUUCCGGUUGAUGACCGUCAUGCUGGCCUGCAGGUCGUCUCGAUUCGCGUCGGUCAUGCCGCUCCAGUCGACGGCGCCCGACAGAUGGCCAUCAAGCUUGUCGUCAGCGUCCGUUCGCACGAGUAGCCCGAGCGAGCCAGCCAUGGCCUCGUCCUGCGAGUCGCCGUCGGCGGUCAUGGCCAUAUGCAGCUUCUCGCGGUUCCGGUUGAUGACCGUCAUGCUGGCCUGCAGGUCGUCUCGAUUCGCGUCGGUCAUGCCGCUCCAGUCGACGGCGCCCGACAGAUGGCCAUCAAGCUUGUCGUCAGCGUCCGUUCGCACGAGUAGCCCAAGCGAGCCAGCCAUGGCCUCGUCCUGCGAGUCGCCGUCGGCGGUCAUCGCCAUGUGUAGCCGUUCUCGCUGCUUGUUGAUGACCGUCAUGCUGGCCCGUAGGUCCUCCUCCGUGCCGCUCCAGUCGGCGGUGCCCGAGACCGUCGCAUCGAGCUGCUCCUUUGCGUCGACGCGCAGCGCGAGCCCGAGCGAGCCAGCCAUGGCCUCGUCCUGCGAGUCGCCGUCGGCGGUCAUGGCCAUAUGCAGCUUCUCGCGGUUCCGGUUGAUGACCGUCAUGCUGGCCUGCAGGUCGUCUCGAUUCGCGUCGGUCAUGCCGCUCCAGUCGACGGCGCCCGACAGAUGGCCAUCAAGCUUGUCGUCAGCGUCCGUUCGCACGAGUAGCCCAAGCGAGCCAGCCAUGGCCUCGUCCUGCGAGUCGCCGUCGGCGGUCAUUGCCAUGUGCAGCCGUUCUUGGUCCUUGUUGCUGACCGUCAUGCUGGCCCGUAGGUCCGUCUGAUCCGCGUCCUCCGUGCCGCUCCAGUCGAAGCUGCCUGACACAAGGCCGUCGACCUCGUUCUCGUUAUCGACGCGCACGAGCAGCCCGAGGGAGCCGUCCCUCUCGCGGAAUCGCGAGUUGCCGUCCGCGGUCAUCGCCAUGUGGACCUUCUCUCUACCCUCGUUGCUGACCGUCAUGCGGGCCUCCAGGGCGUCGCUCCAGUCGAGGCCGCCCGACACAAGGCCGUCGAACUUCUCGUCAGCGUCGACGCGCAGCGCGAGCCUGAGCGAGCCCUCCCUAGCCUUGUUUCGCGAGUCGCCGUCGGCGGUCAUUGCCAUGUGCAGCCGUUCCCGCUGCUUGUUGAUGACCGUCAUGCUGGCCCGUAGGUCCUCCUCCGUGCCGCUCCAGUCGGCGGUGCCCGAGACCGUCGCAUCGAGCUGCUCCUUUGCGUCGACGCGCAGCGCGAGCCCGAGCGAGCCAGCCAUGGCCUCGUCCUGCGAGUCGCCGUCGGCGGUCAUGGCCAUAUGCAGCUUCUCGCGGUUCCGGUUGAUGACCGUCAUGCUGGCCUGCAGGUCGUCUCGAUUCGCGUCGGUCAUGCCGCUCCAGUCGACGGCGCCCGACAGAUGGCCAUCAAGCUUGUCGUCAGCGUCCGUUCGCACGAGUAGCCCAAGCGAGCCAGCCAUGGCCUCGUCCUGCGAGUCGCCGUCGGCGGUCAUCGCCAUGUGUAGCCGUUCUCGCUGCUUGUUGAUGACCGUCAUGCUGGCCCGUAGGUCCUCCUCCGUGCCGCUCCAGUCGGCGGUGCCCGAGACCGUCGCAUCGAGCUGCUCCUUUGCGUCGACGCGCAGCGCGAGCCCGAGCGAGCCAGCCAUGGCCUCGUCCUGCGAGUCGCCGUCGGCGGUCAUGGCCAUAUGCAGCUUCUCGCGGUUCCGGUUGAUGACCGUCAUGCUGGCCUGCAGGUCGUCUCGAUUCGCGUCGGUCAUGCCGCUCCAGUCGACGGCGCCCGACAGAUGGCCAUCAAGCUUGUCGUCAGCGUCCGUUCGCACGAGUAGCCCAAGCGAGCCAGCCAUGGCCUCGUCCUGCGAGUCGCCGUCGGCGGUCAUUGCCAUGUGCAGCCGUUCUUGGUCCUUGUUGCUGACCGUCAUGCUGGCCCGUAGGUCCUCCUCCGUGCCGCUCCAGUCGGCGGUGCCCGAGACCGUCGCAUCGAGCUGCUCCUUUGCGUCGACGCGCAGCAGCGAGCCCGAGCGAGCCAGCCAUGGCCUCGUCCUGCGAGUCGCCGUCGGCGGUCAUGGCCAUAUGCAGCUUCUCGCGGUUCCGGUUGAUGACCGUCAUGCUGGCCUGCAGGUCGUCUCGAUUCAAGGCGUCGGUCAUGCCGCUCCAGUCGACGGCGCCCGACAGAUGGCCAUCAAGCUUGUCGUCAGCGUCCGUUCGCACGAGUAGCCCAAGCGAGCCAGCCAUGGCCUCGUCCUGCGAGUCGCCGUCGGCGGUCAUUGCCAUGUGCAGCCGUUCUUGGUCCUUGUUGCUGACCGUCAUGCUGGCCCGUAGGUCCUCCUCCGUGCCGCUCCAGUCGGCGGUGCCCGAGACCGUCGCAUCGAGCUGCUCCUUUGCGUCGACGCGCAGCGCGAGCCCGAGCGAGCCAGCCAUGGCCUCGUCCUGCGAGUCGCCGUCGGCGGUCAUGGCCAUAUGCAGCUUCUCGCGGUUCCGGUUGAUGACCGUCAUGCUGGCCUGCAGGUCGUCUCGAUUCGCGUCGGUCAUGCCGCUCCAGUCGACGGCGCCCGACAGAUGGCCAUCAAGCUUGUCGUCAGCGUCCGUUCGCACGAGUAGCCCAAGCGAGCCAGCCAUGGCCUCGUCCUGCGAGUCGCCGUCGGCGGUCAUCGCCAUGUGUAGCCGUUCUCGCUGCUUGUUGAUGACCGUCAUGCUGGCCCGUAGGUCCUCCUCCGUGCCGCUCCAGUCGGCGGUGCCCGAGACCGUCGCAUCGAGCUGCUCCUUUGCGUCGACGCGCAGCGCGAGCCCGAGCGAGCCAGCCAUGGCCUCGUCCUGCGAGUCGCCGUCGGCGGUCAUGGCCAUAUGCAGCUUCUCGCGGUUCCGGUUGAUGACCGUCAUGCUGGCCUGCAGGUCGUCUCGAUUCGCGUCGGUCAUGCCGCUCCAGUCGACGGCGCCCGACAGAUGGCCAUCAAGCUUGUCGUCAGCGUCCGUUCGCACGAGUAGCCCAAGCGAGCCAGCCAUGGCCUCGUCCUGCGAGUCGCCGUCGGCGGUCAUCGCCAUGUGUAGCCGUUCUCGCUGCUUGUUGAUGACCGUCAUGCUGGCCCGUAGGUCCGUCUGAUCCGCGUCCUCCGUGCCGCUCCAGUCGAAGCUGCCUGACACAAGGCCGUCGACCUCGUUCUCGUUAUCGACGCGCACGAGCAGCCCGAGGGAGCCGUCCCUCUCGCGGAAUCGCGAGUUGCCGUCCGCGGUCAUCGCCAUGUGGACCUUCUCUCUACCCUCGUUGCUGACCGUCAUGCGGGCCUCCAGGGCGUCGCUCCAGUCGAGGCCGCCCGACACAAGGCCGUCGAACUUCUCGUCAGCGUCGACGCGCAGCGCGAGCCUGAGCGAGCCCUCCCUAGCCUUGUUUCGCGAGUCGCCGUCGGCGGUCAUUGCCAUGUGCAGCCGUUCCCGCUGCUUGUUGCUGACCGUCAUGCUGGCCCGUAGGUCCGUCUGAUCCGCGUCCUCCGUGCCGCUCCAGUCGAAGCUGCCUGACACAAGGCCGUCGACCUCGUUCUCGUUAUCGACGCGCACGAGCAGCCCGAGGGAGCCGUCCCUCUCGCGGAAUCGCGAGUUGCCGUCCGCGGUCAUCGCCAUGUGGACCUUCUCUCUACCCUCGUUGCUGACCGUCAUGCGGGCCUCCAGGGCGUCGCUCCAGUCGAGGCCGCCCGACACAAGGCCGUCGAACUUCUCGUCAGCGUCGACGCGCAGCGCGAGCCCGAGCGAGCCCUCCCUAGCCUUGUUUCGCGAGUCGCCGUCGGCGGUCAUUGCCAUGUGCAGCCGUUCUUGGUCCUUGUUGCUGACCGUCAUGCUGGCCCGUAGGUCCGUCUGAUCCGCGUCCUCCGUGCCGCUCCAGUCGAAGCUGCCUGACACAAGGCCGUCGACCUCGUUCUCGUUAUCGACGCGCACGAGCAGCCCGAGGGAGCCGUCCCUCUCGCGGAAUCGCGAGUUGCCGUCCGCGGUCAUCGCCAUGUGGACCUUCUCUCUACCCUCGUUGCUGACCGUCAUGCGGGCCUCCAGGGCGUCGCUCCAGUCGAGGCCGCCCGACACAAGGCCGUCGAACUUCUCGUCAGCGUCGACGCGCAGCGCGAGCCUGAGCGAGCCCUCCCUAGCCUUGUUUCGCGAGUCGCCGUCGGCGGUCAUUGCCAUGUGCAGCCGUUCCCGCUGCUUGUUGCUGACCGUCAUGCUGGCCCGUAGGUCCGUCUGAUCCGCGUCCUCCGUGCCGCUCCAGUCGAAGCUGCCUGACACAAGGCCGUCGACCUCGUUCUCGUUAUCGACGCGCACGAGCAGCCCGAGGGAGCCGUCCCUCUCGCGGAAUCGCGAGUUGCCGUCCGCGGUCAUCGCCAUGUGGACCUUCUCUCUACCCUCGUUGCUGACCGUCAUGCGGGCCUCCAGGGCGUCGCUCCAGUCGAGGCCGCCCGACACAAGGCCGUCGAACUUCUCGUCAGCGUCGACGCGCAGCGCGAGCCCGAGCGAGCCCCUCCUAGCCUUGUUUCGCGAGUCGCCGUCGGCGGUCAUUGCCAUGUGCAGCCGUUCCCGCUGCUUGUUGCUGACCGUCAUGCUGGCCCGUAGGUCCGUCUGAUCCGCGUCCUCCGUGCCGCUCCAGUCGAAGCUGCCUGACACAAGGCCGUCGACCUCGUUCUCGUUAUCGACGCGCACGAGCAGCCCGAGGGAGCCGUCCCUCUCGCGGAAUCGCGAGUUGCCGUCCGCGGUCAUCGCCAUGUGGACCUUCUCUCUACCCUCGUUGCUGACCGUCAUGCGGGCCUCCAGGGCGUCGCUCCAGUCGAGGCCGCCCGAGACGCGGCCGUCGAACUUCUCGUCAGCGUCGACGCGCAGCGCGAGCCCGAGCGAGCCCUCCCUAGCCUUGUUUCGCGAGUCGCCGUCGGCCGUCAUUGCCAUGUGCAGCCGUUCCCGCUGCUUGUUGCUGACCGUCAUGCUGGCCCGUAGGUCCGUCUGAUCCGCGUCCUCCGUGCCGCUCCAGUCGAAGCUGCCUGACACAAGGCCGUCGACCUCGUUCUCGUUAUCGACGCGCACGAGCAGCCCGAGGGAGCCGUCCCUCUCGCGGAAUCGCGAGUUGCCGUCCGCGGUCAUCGCCAUGUGGACCUUCUCUCUACCCUCGUUGCUGACCGUCAUGCGGGCCUCCAGGGCGUCGCUCCAGUCGAGGCCGCCCGACACAAGGCCGUCGAACUUCUCGUCAGCGUCGACGCGCAGCGCGAGCCCGAGCGAGCCCUCCCUAGCCUUGUUUCGCGAGUCGCCGUCGGCGGUCAUUGCCAUGUGCAGCCGUUCCCGCUGCUUGUUGCUGACCGUCAUGCUGGCCCGUAGGUCCGUCUGAUCCGCGUCCUCCGUGCCGCUCCAGUCGAAGCUGCCUGACACAAGGCCGUCGACCUCGUUCGUUAUCGACGGCAAGCGCACGAGCAGCCCGAGGGAGCCGUCCCUCUCGCGGAAUCGCGAGUUGCCGUCCGCGGUCAUCGCCAUGUGGACCUUCUCUCUACCCUCGUUGCUGACCGUCAUGCGGGCCUCCAGGGCGUCGCUCCAGUCGAGGCCGCCCGACACAAGGCCGUCGAACUUCGUCAGCGUCGACGCGCAGCGCGAGCCUGAGCGAGCCUCCCUAGCCUUGUUUCGCGAGUCGCCGUCGGCGGUCAUUGCCAUGUGCAGCCGUUCCCGCUGCUUGUUGCUGACCGUCAUGCUGGCCCGUAGGUCCGUCUGAUCCGCGUCCUCCGUGCCGCUCCAGUCGAAGCUGCCUGACACAAGGCCGUCGACCUCGUUCUCGUUAUCGACGCGCACGAGCAGCCCGAGGGAGCCGUCCCUCUCGCGGAAUCGCGAGUUGCCGUCCGCGGUCAUCGCCAUGUGGACCUUCUCUCUACCCUCGUUGCUGACCGUCAUGCGGGCCUCCAGGGCGUCGCUCCAGUCGAGGCCGCCCGACACAAGGCCGUCGAACUUCUCGUCAGCGUCGACGCGCAGCGCGAGCCCGAGCGAGCCCUCCCUAGCCUUGUUUCGCGAGUCGCCGUCGGCGGUCAUUGCCAUGUGCAGCCGUUCCCGCUGCUUGUUGCUGACCGUCAUGCUGGCCCGUAGGUCCGUCUGAUCCGCGUCCUCCGUGCCGCUCCAGUCGAAGCUGCCUGACACAAGGCCGUCGACCUCGUUCUCGUUAUCGACGCGCACGAGCAGCCCGAGGGAGCCGUCCCUCUCGCGGAAUCGCGAGUUGCCGUCCGCGGUCAUCGCCAUGUGGACCUUCUCUCUACCCUCGUUGCUGACCGUCAUGCGGGCCUCCAGGGCGUCGCUCCAGUCGAGGCCGCCCGAGACGCGGCCGUCGAACUUCUCGUCAGCGUCGACGCGCAGCGCGAGCCCGAGCGAGCCCUCCCUAGCCUUGUUUCGCGAGUCGCCGUCGGCAGUCAUUGCCAUGUGCAGCCGUUCCCGCUGCUUGUUGCUGACCGUCAUGCUGGCCCGUAGGUCCGUCUGAUCCGCGUCCUCCGUGCCGCUCCAGUCGAAGCUGCCUGACACAAGGCCGUCGACCUCGUUCUCGUUAUCGACGCGCACGAGCAGCCCGAGGGAGCCGUCCCUCUCGCGGAAUCGCGAGUUGCCGUCCGCGGUCAUCGCCAUGUGGACCUUCUCUCUACCCUCGUUGCUGACCGUCAUGCGGGCCUCCAGGGCGUCGCUCCAGUCGAGGCCGCCCGACACAAGGCCGUCGAACUUCUCGUCAGCGUCGACGCGCAGCGCGAGCCCGAGCGAGCCCUCCCUAGCCUUGUUUCGCGAGUCGCCGUCGGCGGUCAUUGCCAUGUGCAGCCGUUCCCGCUGCUUGUUGCUGACCGUCAUGCUGGCCCGUAGGUCCGUCUGAUCCGCGUCCUCCGUGCCGCUCCAGUCGAAGCUGCCUGACACAAGGCCGUCGACCUCGUUCUCGUUAUCGACGCGCACGAGCAGCCCGAGGGAGCCGUCCCUCUCGCGGAAUCGCGAGUUGCCGUCCGCGGUCAUCGCCAUGUGGACCUUCUCUCUACCCUCGUUGCUGACCGUCAUGCGGGCCUCCAGGGCGUCGCUCCAGUCGAGGCCGCCCGAGACGCGGCCGUCGAACUUCUCGUCAGCGUCGACGCGCAGCGCGAGCCCGAGCGAGCCCCUAGCCUUGUUUCGCGAGUCGCCGUCGGCAGUCAUUGCCAUGUGCAGCCGUUCCCGCUGCUUGUUGCUGACCGUCAUGCUGGCCCGUAGGUCCGUCUGAUCCGCGUCCUCCGUGCCGCUCCAGUCGAAGCUGCCUGACACAAGGCCGUCGACCUCGUUCUCGUUAUCGACGCGCACGAGCAGCCCGAGGGAGCCGUCCCUCUCGCGGAAUCGCGAGUUGCCGUCCGCGGUCAUCGCCAUGUGGACCUUCUCUCUACCCUCGUUGCUGACCGUCAUGCGGGCCUCCAGGGCGUCGCUCCAGUCGAGGCCGCCCGACACAAGGCCGUCGAACUUCUCGUCAGCGUUGACGCGCAGCGCGAGCCCGAGCGAGCCCUCCCUAGCCUUGUUUCGCGAGUCGCCGUCGGCGGUCAUUGCCAUGUGCAGCCGUUCCCGCUGCUUGUUGCUGACCGUCAUGCUGGCCCGUAGGUCCGUCUGAUCCGCGUCCUCCGUGCCGCUCCAGUCGAAGCUGCCUGACACAAGGCCGUCGACCUCGUUCUCGUUAUCGACGCGCACGAGCAGCCCCAUGGAGCCAGCCAUAGCCUCGUCCUGCGAGUCCCCGUCGGCGGUCAUCGCCAUGUGUAGCCGUUCCCGCUGCUUGUUGCUGACCGUCAUGCUGGCCCAUAGGUCCGUCUGAUUCGCGUCGGUCAUGCCGCUCCAGUCGACGGCGCCCGACAGAUGGCCAUCAAGCUUGUCGUCAGCGUCCGUUCGCACGAGUAGCCCAAGCGAGCCAGCCAUGGCCUCGUCCUGCGAGUCGCCGUCGGCGGUCAUCGCCAUGUGUAGCCGUUCUUGGUCCUUGUUGAUGACCGUCAUGCUGGCCUGGAGGUCCGUCUGAUCCGCGUCCUCCGUGCCGCUCCAGUCGACGGCGCCCGAGACCGUCGCAUCAAGCUCCUCCUUUGCGUCGACGCGCACGGUUAGGGACGUUAGGCCCGAGGCUCUUUUUCCGCUCGCCGCGCCAUCCGCGACGAAAUCGGCGCGGAGCAGCUCUCCCCCCUUGUCGCUGAUGUUCAAGUAGGAUUCGAGGGCUGGGCGCCCGGGCUCGCCGACGAAACCGCGGGCCUCGACGGCGACGAAGCGGGGCCUGGCCGACUUGGCGUCCUCGAGCCGCCCCAGGACCGCGUUGCCGUCCGCCGUGUCGAAGACGGCGCGCCAGUCCACCUUCGUCCUGUUCGCCGUGGGGUCCACGACCUCGAGGUGGGCGCAGAACGCGCCCUUGGCCGAGAUGCACAACUUGCAGUCGAGCGAGUCGUCCCAGAUCAUCGGCUGGCAGCCGGCGUCGCGCGGGCAGCUCCGCUCGAAGAGGCCGGGGGCGGCGGCGGUGCGGAGGCGCCGGCGCCCGCGCGGCGCCCCGCGCGGCAGGACGCGCGCCCGCGCCUCGGGCGUCGCGACGUCGAGCGCGUGGUCGCCGGCGAGCGCGCCGAGGAACGUCGCGGCGUCCAUGCGCGUGCGGACCCGGAGCUCGCGCCGCAGGAGCUGGUGCUUGAGCGCGCGCUUCGCCCGGCCGUCGUCGUCGGUGGCGCGCAGGACGAGCGGCCCGCACGCGGCGGCGCGCGGGCUCGCGCACGCGGUUCCCAGCGCGCCGCGGCGCAGGUCGACCUCGAAGGCGGCGAGCUCGACGCGCGCCGCCGCCGCCGCGGCGUCCGUCUCGUUGAGCGCCGGCAGCAGCGCGUCGACCGCGACCGCCGGCACCGCGAGGACGACGCGGUCGACCGCUGGAGGCAGCGCCACGGCGAACGCGGGCGGCGCGUACGCGAGCGCCGCGCUGUCCUCGCGCCACUCGGGCUCGACGCGCGCGAGCUCCCGCACGACCUCGCGCAGCGUCCGCGCGACGCGCCGGAUCGGGUCGGUCGCGUCGAUGGUCUCGGGGGCGGCGACGACGCCGGCGUCGGCGUCGGCACCGGGGGCGGCGGCGGCACCGGGGGCGGCGGCGGCACCGGGGGCGGCGGCGGCGCUGUCGGCGCCGGCGCUGUCGGCAGCGCCCUUGGCGCCGGCGCCGGCGCCGCGCCAGGACGCGCGGACGCCGCGGAGCAGCACCUCGACGGGCAGCGCAUGCCAGAGCCGCGUUCGCGUCCGCACGUCGCAGACCAGGCGCGCGCCGGCGAGGUCCUCGGGGCGGUGCAGGCGCCGCAGCUGGUCGAAGUCGAUGCGGUGGAGGCGCAGGUCGACGCGCCGGCGCGUGCGCUCGCGCGCGGACACCAGCGGCCACGCGCGGCCCGGCUGGGCCGAGAGGCGCCCGGCGCGCGCGAAGUCCUCGCCGGCGAAGCGCAGAUCGACGGCGCAGUCGGCGGCGGUCACGACGACCUCGUGGAGCGUGGACCGGAGGAACUGCGGCUUCGCGUCGACGGCGACGACGACGUCGCGCCCCUCGAGGGUCACGCGCGCGACGGCGCCGGCCGCGCCGAGGCCGCGCGCCGCGAGCGCCGCGAGCCAGAUCACGGGCACGAGCGACGCCAGCGCCGCGACGACGACCGCCGCCGUCGCGAUGGUCAGGGGGCGCCGGCGCGCCGCCCUCAGCGCCCGGCGCGCGCGCGACCGCGGCGGCGGCGGCCGCGCGGCGACGAGGCCGGCCUCCUCGAUCAGGUCGCCGGACCGGCCCGACUUCCGCGCGACCUCGAGGGGCUGCGCCGCCUCGCCGGGGUCGACGGCGCCCGCCGCGGCCGACUUGCGCGCGACCUCGAGGGGCUGCCCCUCCUCGGCCGCCGCCCCGCCGGGCGCGACGGCAGCCCGCUGCCGCCAGGGCGCGAGCACUCUCAUGAUGGUCUAGAGCUCAUGGCAGCGAUCGGCUGGGGCUACUGCCCUCUAGCGCCGAACUUAUACCACAUCUCCUGCUGGCUUGGAACUAGUAUGUACAGAUAUGCUAGCGUCUUUUCGAAGCGCGCACCCACGGUUCUCAGGAGCCGCCCGGCCCCGCGGGCGCGUCCGGCGAGAUGUCCGCCGGCUUUACGCUCGCAACAACCCGAGACCUCGGCCCCGCGCCCCUGGCGCGCGCGCGGCGCGCAAGUACUACCGCAUGUGCUCCCGGGGAUCCUGUCCCUCUCGGGGCCGCGCGAGUCCAUACCGGGCCCCGGGCUCCCCGAGACGAACGCGAAGCUGGUCGCGCGGCGUGACGGACGCCUCGCGUACUACGCGCAGCGCAGGGGGGGGGUGCCUCGGAACUCGUCCGGGGGGCCUCCGCCGGGCCGCGCAGCGCGGCCCGGAGACUCCUCUCGGGCGGAGGAGACGCCGCCGCCCGACGCCGCGCGCCGCUUCCGGGACGCGAGCGCGGCCGGAGCCGUCCCGGCGCGGGGACCACAACAUGCGGGGGUCGCGCUGAUGCGUGCGAAACCGGGCCGGCCUCUGCUAGCCGCACGUGCGCUCCUGCCGCCGGGCCUUGUUUUUGGCAGCGCCAAUCCUUGCCAGCUGCUCCAAAGGGCGGCCUCGCACCUGUUUGCCCGUCGCCUCCACGCCCGCGGUGUGGGCGCUGAGCUGCCCUUGCUCUCACGCGGUCUCGGCUAGCCGGCUGCCCAUGCGGUUCCUCGUUCUCGUGGCGGCCUGCGCGGGCGCGCGGCGGCUCGACAUCGUCGGGGAUGGCACCCGCCAGUAUGCGAGCCAGGGCGCCUGCUAUGACCCGACCACGCAAAUCACCGUUUGCUUCCGUCCCUGGGCAUACGAUUGGUCUUCCAAUUUGACUCAAGCCGAACGACUGUCUCAAUCAGAGUGCGAGGCAGUUGGCAAUACGUGGUACGCAAAAGGCCACAUCGGCUCCGACGGCUGCUGCCUGUGUGACUCGAACUGCGACCACUCGCUGGAGACGGCGGCUGCUGGAACCUGCAACUACCCCGACAGGAACGCGGGGAGCUGCCAAAACGCCGCAACGGGUCAAGUGACGUGUGACGUGACGGCGGGCCAAUGCGCUUCCCCGAACGUCUGGUCCGAAGCCGGCGCGCUCGACUCGGACGGCUGCUGCUUCUGCGACGAGACGUGCGACCAUUCGGCCAAAACGGGGACGGACUGUUACUUGAAAGACUACGCCGAUGAAUCGCAGAGCGACGGCUCGUGCUACGAUUUUACGACGCACCAGGUCACGUGCGACGUCGGGCACGCGGCUUGCGACGCCAUGGGCGCCUACUGGUAUUCACCGGGCUACAUUAGCGGUUCCAGUGGCUGUUGCCACUGCGACGCGUCGUGCGACCACACGCUUGAGACGGGCUCGGACUGUAGCAGUAAUUACUACGGUGCCGACGGCACGCAAGGCUCAGGAGGGGGUCACGGUGCCGAGUAUGGCCCAGCUGACGGGGGCGCCUGCUAUAACGCCGACGGCACGCAUGGCAUCACGUGUAACGUCGCUGAGGCGGACUGCACGGGGGAUUACUUGGCUCCGGGAUACACAUACGGUGGCUGCUGCCUGUGCGAGGCCGGCUGCGACCAUUCCGCGGAAACAAGUACGGACUGCUCAUACUACGACGAUGAGGGCGAUGCUGACGACCCCAAUCCCUGGGGUUGGCAGACGCUCGCCGGCUACCAGACGGCCACGGACGUCGGGCCGCACGCGAAGAUCGACCUCGAUAUGGAGGAGCUUGAAAUCAGGGUGGGCGAGUACGACAUCAACCCAAACUGGAUCACCGAGGCCAUGUUCAUCUACGAGAACGGCGGCGGCGGCUUGUGUUCGCAGGCCGACGUCGACGCGGCGAUGACCUCGGACACGACGCCCUGGUGCACGGACACGACUCAGGCCCUCGGCAACUCCCAGAAGUUCACCUCGAUCCGCACGCUCAAGGGCUUCGCGACGAAGAACUACGCUUCGGACAAACUCACCGGCGCGGAUGGUGGGAAUUACGGCGAGCGGAUGCCCCCGAUCUACGCCGGCUACUGGAACGACUGGGCGUGGGCAGACACGUUCAUCACGAAGGACUACUCCGCGACAGUCAAACCCUCUGGGUGGAACCAGCUCAUCAAGAAGGGCGCCAACUACCAGGCGGUCUGGAUGUACGUGCUCCACGAGCUCGAGGACGCCAUCGGCGACUGCUAUGAUGGCGACAUCUACGCCAACGACGGGACCCCGACCGGCGGCGCGCCGCACGCGUGGGACGAGGGCUGGGCGUUUUACGCCGGGUCGCUGGUCGCAGAGACGGCGCACGACGCCGUCACGGUCCGCGGUACGCUGAUCUGGGAGCUCGCGGAGAAGCGUGGCCAGGAUUUCGGCACCACACACUCUACCGGCCCCGCCUCGGUGAACGUCCAGCUCCUCGCCAAAUUCAUUGAGGGCCGCGACAAAAUCAUCGCCGCUGACUGCGCCGGCGCCGAGCCCCUCGUCGAGGACAUUCGCAAGCUGAUGACCGUGCCGCUCGUCCAGGGCACGCUCAAGUACGCGUACAAGGCGGACCCGGCCAACGCCGGUGGCGAAUGCGUCGCCGACGCGGGAAUGAAUGCCAUGACCGCCAGCGACGGUUGCGUCAAGUCGUGGGCCGAGGCCUGGGCCUUCGCCGCGGCCGUGCUCCCACAGAUCGCCGAGUGCGACUGGGGGGUCGCCGAGAAGAUCAGGUAUAGCUUAGACAUCGAAGCGGCGACGCCGGUGCAAGGGGGCUUCUACAGCGUCAAGGCGGCGAUCGAGUCGACAUACCCGUGCCUGGGCAUCACGUGCGCCGACGUCGGCGCUUACGCGGGCACUAUGCCCUGCGGUGACCCCGGCCCUACCGACGACGACGACGACGACGACGACGACCUCCUCGACGGCGGCCUAAGGGAGGUCAUGUCCCUGGCGCCCAUGGGCCUCGCGGCGAUCGGCAUAACGUUCACCGGCAUCACGAUUGCGACGCUUGUCAAUCUGGCCCAGGAACAGUGCGCCCUGGGUCCCACGAUCAUCUUCGAGGCCGGCACGACGCACCCGUACUACAUCACCCCGAACCUGUGCACGAUCGGCGCCCACACGUACUCGUCCAAGAAGACUGUGCGCGACGCGUCGCCGCGCAAGGUGUGCCGCAAGUUCUGCGAAGCGGCGUCCGCUGCUGGGAAGCUGGCGCUCAAGCAGGUGCACGGCCUGACGUGUUACUGCAAGAGGAAAUGA